UGGGUGGACAAGCGGAUUGAUGCUCGGGUCUCGAGAGUCUCGACUCCCGCUUUUUCUCUCUUAUUUUUUUUUUGCAGAGAAAUCUCUCUCCCCCCCUAUCUCUCUCUAUUCUUUCGAUUAGAGAAAUCUUUCUCUCUCUCCAUUCCUUUGGGUAGAGAAAUGUGUCUCUGUGCUUUUGGUAAAGCGGCUUUACCGGAAAUGGAAUUCCAAUUGGCCUACCGACACUAGGGCACCUUGAUUCGUAGGCGAAGCUCCCACCGCUUUCUAACCUCCCCUCUCUUUCUCUCUCCAGGACUACGUGCUGCUUCAGCCAAGAAUUUUACUUUCUCUCUCUCUACCCUUCCUCUAAUUCUAGCAGAGCGUCGCCAUGAAAGUCUAGGGUUUAGCGGACGUGGAGAGAAACAGAGGACCAUCAGCCAUGGGAAAUGCUCUAGUGAGAAGGAGCAGAGUGGAUGAGAGGUACACGAGACCUCAAGGCAAGCUUUAUGAGCACGCAAAUGUCGAUUACAAGAAACUAAGGAGGCUCAUAUUGCACUCGAAGCUCGCCCCUUGCUUUCCUGGCUCUGAGGACGCCUUGCCUGAUCUUGAAGAGUGCCCUAUCUGCUGCUUUUAUUAUCCAAGUUUGAACAGAUCGAGAUGUUGUGCAAAGAGUAUUUGCACAGAAUGCUUCUUGCAGAUGAAGCCUUCAAAUUCUGUUCGUCCAGCACAAUGCCCAUUUUGUAAAACCUCCAGUUAUGCGGUUGAGUUCCGCGGGGCUAGAACACAGGAGGAGAAGGGCCUUGAACAGGCGGAAGAGCAAAAAUUCAUUGAGGCUAAGAUAAGGAUGCAAUGCCGAGAACGUCAAGCUGCAGAAAAUAAGGUGCUGACAGAACAAGAACUGAUUAGGUCCCAAACUGGGCGUCCAUCUCCAAGUCCAUGUGUAGAGGAGCCAUCUGGAUCAUCCGGAAGCUCAUCAAUAGGAUCAGGUGAUACCCAAGAUGUGCAGGACUUGGAUGCUUCUUCGAGAGGGGAAACUGUUGAGGUGUUCAGGCCCCUAAGCAUGCAUAGACAGGACCGAAAUGAAGAAUUUGAUCUGGAUGAUCUUGAAGGUAUCAUGGUGAUGGAAGCUAUAUGGCACUCAAUUCAGGAUCCUAGCCUUCAAAGAAGUGUAACACGUACGCCUGCUCAUCCUGAGAGUCAAUCGGGACCAUCCCCAGUUACCACCAAUGGUGAAACUGCAUUAGAAACAUCAGUGACUGGAGGUCUUGCUUUUGCCAUUGCAACCCUAGCUGAACAAAACAUCACCAGACCAGAGCCAUCAAGUUCGAACCGCCAAAUCAAGAAUUCACAUCAACUGGGUUCUGUAGUAGGGGCUUCAGACCAUGAGUCUGAUGAAGCGGACCAUGAAACCAGGAGCCUAGAUGAGGCUCCUGACCAUGAUUCCAAUGAAGUGGACCAUGAAACCGGUUGCCUAGACCGCAUUUCAAGCUGCUCAAACUCUACGCAGAGUGGGUCAUUGGUUGAUCAGACUGAGCCAAUAGGAGAGAUAGAGGGUGAGACCACUUGUUCAAGUAGUACCCACUCUCUCUCUGAUUCACCAUGCACUAGCCCUAAACCUAUUGAAGGUCUUAGAGAGAGAGACGGGUCUUGCUCUCUAGCAUCUCAGAUCUCAGGUGCGAGCACUGAUAGCUUCGAAGGUCAGAUGAUGGUGGCCAUGGCCCUCUCAAUUGCGGAAUCAAAUAAUACCUGUUCUUAAUCGUUUUCUAGGGCAUAAGUAAACCUCUCUCAAACGUUGUGCUUUUCUCUGUUGAAACAAUCAUAGACGGUGAAGAAGCAAGAGUACCCUCUUUCUUGCCUUGAAUUUUUGGGUGUGAAAGUAGAGGUUGUAGCUCGUAGUGUUGGUGUGAAAAGAGGGGGCAAGGAGAAGGAUGUGGAUUUAGUGGGAGUAUAGGAUGGUAUAUGUAAAUAGGGAGAGUGGAUACCGAGUUAUUCAUAUGUCCGAGCUUUUAUGGAGUCCGGCUUUAUAAUAAAAAGUUUGUCAAUUCUACGCAUUGUUUGAAAAA